AUGGUUAUUGCUACACGAUUAACACAAAUUCUCGGCAUUAAACAUCCCAUUGUGCAAGGUGGCAUGACUCAUGUUGGCAGAGCCGAACUCGCCUCGGCAGUUUCAAACGCUGGUGCUCUUGGCAUCAUAACAGCAUUGACACAGCCGACUCCUGAAGAACUCAGAAAAGAGAUUCGGCGGUGCCGCGAAAUGACGGAAAAACCAUUUGGUGUGAACCUGACCAUCCUGCCAGCUAUCAACCCUCCUCCAUAUAUGGAAUAUGCCAAAGUAAUCGUAGAAGAGCGUGUGCCUGUUGUCGAGACCGCUGGAAAUAAUCCACGCGAGUAUGUUCGCAUGUUUAAAGGUGCUGGUUUAAAAACUAUUCACAAAUGCGUUGCUAUACGACAUGCGAUUUCUGCACAGAAGAUGGGUGUCGAUGUGCUAUCGAUUGAUGGACUUGAAUGUGCUGGCCACCCUGGCGAAGAUGAUAUUUCUGGCUUGAUCCUUUUAAGCAAAGCUGCACAGAAGCUCGACACAGCAUAUAUCGCAUCGGGUGGAUUCGCUGAUGGACGGGGUCUGGCGGCCGCAUUGGCACUCGGUGCACAAGGAAUCAACAUGGGUACUCGAUUUAUGUGCACAGAGGAAGCUCCUAUACAUAGGAACAUUAAGGAGGCUAUUGUUGAAGCUGAUGAGCGCUCGACUGCGCUAUUAUAUCGACCUUUCCGUAACACAGCGCGUGUUUUCAAGAAUGAAGUGGCACUUGAAGUUAAUCGCCGUGAAGCGAAUCCAGGUGUCAAGUUUGAAGAUAUCAAGGAGCUGGUCGCUGGCGUACGCGGAAGAGAGGCUUUGGAUAAUGGCGACAAAGACCAUGGUAUAUGGAGCGCAGGACAAGCCGUGGGCCUCAUCAACGAUAUACCAACUUGUGAGGAGCUCGUGAGCCGUAUUGCUGGUGAUGCUGAGACUAUAAUUAGAGACAAGUUAGCAAAAUUUGUUCAUUGA